GAUGAAGUAAGAUAGGGUGUGGAUCUUAUCUGCAACUACAACACAUACUGCACACAGUUGCUGUUCAUCAGAUAAAACAUACGAGCGCGGAAACACAAUGUUGAACCUCUCCGUUGCUUCACCAUCUUCUUCUUCAACACUUUCUUUUCUUCCAAAACCAUUACAUUUCAAAUCCUCCUUCAAUGGCAUUCGUCUACGUCAACCAAACACGUGCACAAUCCCAGCGACGAAACGCACCGCUUCGGUCUCAGUUGUGAUGAUGGCAAAGAGAGAAGAAGAAUUGAAGCAAAUUAGAACUAAAACCACCGAACAAAUCAAUGAAGAGGUUGUUGAACUUAAGGGAGAGUUGUUCAUGCUUCGUCUUCAGAAAUCUGCUCGUAAUGAGUUUAAGUCCAGUGAUUUUCGUAGCAUGCGUAAGACGAUUGCUCGCUUGCUUACUGUAAAGCGGGAAAGAGAGAUUGAGGAGGGUAUUGGUAAGAGGUUGUCCAGAAAGCUUGAUAAAAAAUGGAAGAAAAGCAUUGUUGUAAAACCACCUCCAUCUUUAGUGAAGCUACGCGAGGAGGAAGCAGCUGCAGAAGCCGCUGAAGCUGAAAAGGCUGCAUGAGCUGAUGUAUUAAAUAUGCAAGUUAUAGAGUUACAUUGUUAAAAUUGUUGUUAGUCAUUGUUUUUAAUAUUUUGGUGGAUGUCGUCAUCUCGUUGUAUUAAUAUAUUAUUUGUAGUAACCUAUGGUUCUUCCUGUCAUAAGGUUUUUUAUGUCGUGUAUUCUGUAACCGUAAGAAUAGAGACAUGGUUAUCAAAAUUGCAAUUCACUGCCUUCAAAUUAGGUAUUCAUUUUUUA